AUGGAAGACCCCCACGCCCCCGUCGCUGCCCUUCCUACCUUAGCGGUGAACAAGAAACGGGCAGGUCUCCACCGCGCCCUGUCCGUGCGACAAGUCUCAAUGAUCGCCAUUGCCGGGACCAUUGGAACGGGCCUCUUCCUAGGCACCGGUCGUUCAUUGGCGCAGGGCGGGCCUGCAAGCAUGCUUAUAUGCUACGGCUUAGUUGGGUUCAUCGUGUAUGUCACCCUUCUGCUCCUUGGUGAGAUGGCGACGCAAUAUCCGGUAGCAGGGUCAUUCAACGUCUACGCGACUCGCUUCGUCUCACCAGCCUUCGGGUUCGCAUUAUCAUGGAACUACUGGUUCAACGACGCGGUAUCGGUCGCUUCGGAUCUUACAGCCGCUCAGCUGGUUCUCCAGUACUGGACUACAGGGCAUACAUGGAUCGUCAGUCUUGUCUUUUGGAUCUUUUUGGUGGCGAUCAACGCAGCGCAUGUUCGUGCAUAUGGAGAACUGGAAUACUGGCUUUCAUCGUUGAAAGUCGUCACAGUUGUGGUGUUCAUCAUCCUCGGCGUGUUGGUCAACGUUGGGGUCAACCAGCAGCAUGAAUUUAUCGGUACGAAGAACUGGCGUAUUCCUGGAGCUCCGUUCGUGGGUGGGUUUGGCGGGUUCGCGCGAGUCUUCGUUACAGCAAGCUUCGCGUAUGGCGGGACUGAGUCCCUGGGAAUCACUGCCGGAGAAACGAAGAACCCGACCAAGACCAUGCCGAAGGUCGUGAAGUUCGUGUUCUGGAGGAUUCUGCUCUUUUACGUUUUGAGCAUCCUGCUCAUGGGCCUAAACGUCCCUUGGAACUACCCUGGACUCUCUAACAAAGAAACCACUACUUCGCCAUUCACCAUCGUUUUCCAGAUGGCUGGGUCCAGGGUUGCCGCGUCGUUCAUGAACACCGUCAUCCUUACCUCGGUUCUAUCCGCCGGCAACCAUGCACUAUUCGCAGGAACGCGCGUCCUGUACAGCCUCGCAGUUAAUUCCCCUCCUCAGGCUCCAACCCUUUUCGGGCGCACGACGAACGCAGGAGUCCCUCUCCCCGCUCUCCUUGCCACGAGCAGCGUGAGCGUCCUCUGCUUUGGCUCCAGUUUCGUCAACAACGGAGAGCUCUGGGGUUGGCUGCAGAACAUCGUGGGGGUAUCCAAUCAGAUUGCGUGGUUGUCCAUCGGGCUGGCGAGCUGGCGGUUUCGGCGGGCUUGGAUACGCCAGGGCCGCCCUCUGUAUGAGAUGAAGUUCGUUGCUGGCUGGACGUGGCCUUGGGGUCCACCUUUCGUAGUGAGUCUCCUGAUCAUCCACAUAUGGCUCCAAGGAUGGUCAUCUGUCAUACCUCACUUCUCCUUGGUAUAUUUCGUCUCGUUCUAUGUGGAGAUACCUGUGAUGGUGGUAAUGUACUUCGCUUGGGUGGUCGUCAAGCGCCAAUCCUCUAUAUCCCUUCCUGUUUCCCUUCCCGACGAAGAAGAUACCCCGGCCACAGGGGCCGAGCAUGGUUGGAACAUCGGCGAUUUGGUGGAUAUCCAAGCGGUAGAUUUGACACUAGAUGAGUACGAAGAGGAUCCGGAGGACGUCGCCGACGACGAAGCGCAAAGGCAGAAGUUGGAAGGACGCUGGCGGUGGUUUUGGAGGUUGUACUACGCUGUUGUGUGA